AUGGGAUUCCACAAGAUGCAACCUAGGCAUGUAUUUGGGACUUUGCCCCAAUUGGAUAACUCUGAACAUGAUCAUGUCAUGGAGCUGACAUCUCCUAUGCAAGGCAUGGAACAGGGACAUCAGGAAGGAGUAGGAAUUACCCCUUCUGAACAGGCUGACCAACCAGAUAUGGAACCAUUUCAACUUGCUACUGCUAGGAUCCUAGACCCUAGGCAUGAGAAUCCAGGGAAUAACACACCCUUGGAGGACCCUGUUGCUAGGGAAAAGGAAACCCCUUUGGAGACUCAACCACCAAAAACUGAGGCAAACAAGAAAUGGAUUCCUAAUGACCACCUUACAAGUACCCAAAAGGUCUAUGGAUUCUUAAUGGAACUAGUAAUGGGAGUCAAAAGGUUGGAGAAACAUAUUGACAACCAUCUAAAGAUGGAACAGGAAAUGCUGGAUCAUGGUAUUUCUCAGGAAGUAAUUGACCAAUUGGAUAAAGUACUUCCCUUGUCUGCCCUCUGGGAGGCCAAGAACAACAGUGAAUCCAAUUCCAACAAAUCAGGAUCUACUGAAAUCCAAUGUGAGGGCAAAGGGCAAUAA